AGGCUUUUCUGGCAGGGUGGGGGGAGUGGUGCGAGAAGUGGGGAUAGGAAUUGGUGGGGGUGAGUAGAGAGAAAAGGAACUGGGAAGAGGAGGGGAAGUUAAAGCUUCCCCUCCUUCUCUGCCUUCCAUCAGAAACCAAACAUGGCAUCUUCCAUGAGGAGCCUGUUUUCUGACCACAGCAGAUACGUUGAAUCUUUCCGGAGGUUUCUCAGCAGUUCCACGGAACACCAGUGCAUGCAGGAAUUCAUGGACCAGAAGCUGCCAGGCAUAAUAGCAAGGAUUGGAGAUACAAAAUCAGAAAUUAAGAUUCUAAGCAUUGGCGGAGGUGCAGGUGAAAUUGAUCUUCAAAUUCUUUCCAAAGUGCAGGCUCAAUAUCCAGGAAUUCAUAUCAACAAUGAAGUUGUUGAGCCAAGUGGUGAGCAAAUUGCCAAGUACAAAGAGCUUGUAGCCAAGACAUCAAACCUUGAGAACAUAAAGUUUGUUUGGCAUAAGGAGACAUCAUCUGAAUAUCAAAACAGAAUCACAGAGAAAAAAGAAAUUCAGAAGUGGGACUUUAUUCAUAUGAUUCAGAUGCUGUAUUAUGUAAAAGAUAUCCCAGCUACCCUGAAAUUCUUCCAUAGUCUCUUAGCUACCAAUGCUAAGAUUCUCAUUAUUCUUGUGUCAGGAACCAGUGGCUGGGACAAGCUGUGGAAAAAGUACCGAUCCCGCUUACCCCAAUAUGACCUCUGCCAAUAUGUUACAUCGUCUGACCUCUCUCAGAUGCUGGACAAAUUGGGGGUUAAGUAUGAAUGUUAUGACCUUCUGUCCACCAUGGACAUAUCUGAUUGUUUUAUUGAUGGCAAUGAAAAUGGUGACCUGCUUUGGGAUUUUUUGACAGAAACCUGCAACUUUAAUACAACAGCACCACCUGAUCUCAAAGCAGAAAUUAUGAAAGAUCUGCAAGAGUCUGAAUUCAGUAUAAAGAAAGAGGGAAAGGUUCUUUUUAAUAACAGUCUGAGUUUCAUAGUGGUUGAAGCAUAAAUAUGAAUUAUGAAACUAUUCAAAAAGUUGUAUUUCGAAUAAUGUUGAUCAUUUAUUUCUAUAUUAAAAUUACAAACACAUCUUCUAAUAUAAAUAGACAAUUUUGUCUUAUAUAUAAAACUUAGAGAGUUCCAAGAAAUUCUCAGAUUUCCAUGAAGAAUCAUAUAUGAUACUGUUGGUCUUACCCCAUUCCUUCUCCAGGUCAAGAGGCCACAUUCAGGCUAAAUAUAGGAUAAGCUGGAAAAAUGAGCCAACUAAGUUUCACUGGCCUAUUGACCAGAAAAUUCUUUCCAUUUGUUGAUUGUACUGGAAUUUACCAAAAUUUUAAUAAAACAUGUGCUGUGAAUUCUUUA